UUGAGGUCACGCGGCAGCCGGACAGCUGUGAUAACGCGGCUGAGUGUGAGAGCCGCGGCGGUGCGUUAGGAUGGGUUAAUGUCUGCAUCUUUUCCUCAGUUUUCCACAGAGAACAAAGCGGCCCAUGCUCGCCUCGGCUGUCCGUUCUGGUUUGUGCGGUUAGCCGGCAGUAAGUGAUCGCUCCGAGCUUCCUGUUAGCCUAGCGGCUAAGCUAGCAAGCAGUUUGGUAGAGACGGAAGGUGAGGAUUGCAGUUACCAAACAUGGCGGGCGGCAUCACAGACACCGGGGAGCCCUACUCUGCGUUUGUGGGGCUGGUCUACAUGUUUAAUCUGAUUGUGGGAACAGGAGCCCUGACCAUGCCCAGAGCCUUCGCCACAGCCGGAUGGGUGGUCAGCCUGUCGCUCAUCACCUUUUUAGGAUUCAUGAGCUACAUGACCACCACCUUUGUGAUCGAGGCCAUGGCGGCGGCCAAUGCUCAGCUGCGCUGGAAGAGAAGAGAGCAGGAAGAGAUGGACGACAGCGACUCCACCUCCGACUAUUCGGAUGACGAUAUGGGGCGAGGUCGAUCAGAACCGGAGACGAAGCCCAUCCUGUCUGUCCAGAGAGCGGGUCACCUUGAUCACUUCGACAUCGUGGAGCGGGUUGAGAUGGGUCAAAUGGCCUCCAUGUUCUUCAACAAAGUCGGCGUCAACAUGUUCUACAUCUGCAUCAUCGUCUAUCUGUACGGAGAUCUGGCCAUCUACGCCGCCGCCGUGCCCAUAUCGCUCAUGGAAGUCGCCUGCGGGAACCACUCCUGCAGCGCUGGAAGCGUGAAGUACAACGACACGGACCCCUGCUGGGGCUCUGUCACCAGGAAAGAUGCCUACAGGGUGUUUCUGAGCGUGUUUACCCUUUUCUUGGGGCCCUUCACCUUCUUCAACGCCCAGAAGACCAAAUAUCUUCAGAUUCUCACCUCAGUCAUGCGUUGGAUCGCCUUCACCAUGAUGAUCAUUUUGGCUCUGAUCCGGAUUGCCAAAGGCACCGGGGAGGGCCGCCCUCCUGUCGCCACCCUCUCCGGCGUGCCCAACCUGUUCGGCGUCUGCGUCUACUCCUUCAUGUGCCAGCACUCCCUGCCCUCGCUGGUCACGCCCAUCUCGGACAAGAAGCGAGUCGGCGCGCUGGUCCUGGCCGACUACGUCCUGAUCCUGGGCUUCUACGUGCUCCUCUCGUUCACCGCCAUCUUCUGCUUCGACAGCUCGCUGCUGCACGACAUGUACACGCUGAACUUCACCGACAACUGCGACGUGCUGGACAUCCCGGUGCUGCGCUACUUCCUGGGCCUGUUCCCGGUCUUCACCAUCAGCACCAACUUCCCCAUCAUCGCCGUGACGCUGCGGAACAACUGGAAGACGCUCUUCCACCGGGACGGCGGCACCUACCCGUGGGUGGUGGACCGCGUCGUGUUCCCCCUCAUCACCCUGGUGCCGCCCAUCGUCGUGGCUUUCUGCACGCACAACCUGGAGUCCCUGGUGGGGAUCACCGGGUCGUACGCGGGGACGGGCAUCCAGUACAUCAUCCCGGCGUGCCUGGUGUUCUACGCCCGGCGCCACCUGGAGCCGGUGGUGGGCAGAGACGCCGUCAACAAGCACCGCUCUCCUUUCCGCCACGCCUUCUGGGUGUGGUUCGUCCUGGUGUGGGCGGCCUCCUGCCUCAUGUUUGUCACCGCCAACAUUAUCCUGACUGACACUAAGAAAUGAGAACGAGCUUUUAUGGGGGAAUCUGCCGCCGUUUGGCCGGUUUCUUUGGGUUUUUUCUCGAGGCCUUAACUGCUGCUGGAUGGACUCUGUGCCUUUUUUUUUUUUUUUUUAACCAGAUUUAAGUUGCUUAAAUGACGUGCAAUCAAUAUUAAUUUAUCAGAUUUGUUAAAAAGGGACCAAAUUAUUAUUAUUAUUAUUUUAUAAGUUCUGGAUGUGUGCAUGACGGCGAUCAAAGGGAUUUUAAGAAAAUGACCUUUUUCUCAUCAAACGGCUCGAGCUUUUCGCCCCGUUUCGCAGAAGCAUCCACGGCGAAGGCUCUUCCUUCGAUGCGUCGCAUCCCAGACCCCGACGGAUGGAUCUGCAGAGCUGAAGGAGGGGAAUCCAGGUGUGCUGCAUCUGAAAGUAGCCCUGGAGGACCGGAGUCGGACGCUGAUCGGCGGCAAUGACCGAGCUGCUGCAGAUAAGAACGUGUGUUUUAACGGAGAAGUUUCAACCUGCUACCUCGAACCCUCUCUAGGAACGCUUCUGACAAACACGUGGGUGAUUUAACAGAUCCGCGGGACGCAUUUCUCACUUUUAAUAACCUUCAUUAAACGGGGGGAAGAAGCAGCGUCUCGACGGUGAGGGAUCCGCCGGCGCUUUUGCUGCAGAAUAUUGCCAUAAAACUAUAUCAAAGCAACAGGAGCAGCGGAGAAAAACUGCCUGUCUCGGGCGGAUCCGUGUUCUUGUCAGAGAACCGCUUCACGGCGGCGUAAUGAGAUCGGAGCGCGGGAAGAAAAACGAUCGUUCUCCUGCCGCCGAUGUACUUCCAUCCCUCAGCAGGAGGAGGGAAGUGAGGGCGACGUUCCCGUCCUUCAUGUGAGCGGAGAAGCUGAUGGAUUCGAUUUUAUCCUUAUAGGUUUACACUUGUGGCGUCUGUCCCGUGUUCGUGCCGCUCCGGACCGGAUUCCCGAUCCAUCUGCAGUGAUUUAGCUCCAUGUGUGAUGAAAUCAUGCAGGUCGUUUGCUGCUCCAGUGGCUCAGACUUCACCAACCUCAUUAUUGCCCUGAAACGUCCGUCUUUAACGUGUUAAAAGCGUCGUUCUGUGAGUUUUCUCAUUGAUUUAAACCGUGAAGGCCUCCCAGCUGAGCACAAGAACGUGGUUUUUUGGUGAAACUCUGCAGGGCAAGGUAAUUACAGCUGACUGGGAUUGAUUUACAUGCUCGUAAUAUUCCUGAUCAUCCAUCUGAAUCCCAGAAUGUGGAGCAGGAAAGCUGCUGGAAAAAGCCCAGAUUUAUUUUCCAGUGUUUGCAAAUCAAACAACAAGCUGAGGUUAAAAGGAAGAACGUAACAAAUCUCUAUUCAGCCUUUUAUUUUGUUGAGAAUGUUGCACUUUAAGCUUCUCAUGAAGCAUUAUUUUAGGACUUUUAAUUAAUUAGGGCUGCAGAAAUAUUAUAAAGCAACAGAAUCGGGCUUAGCUACUUCUUGCUGAACUUAUAUUACUUGUAAUGUGAUGUUAAUUUGCUGACUUGUGGAUUUUAAAAGAGGGUCGCUGGCACAGAGAAACUAACAAAAGGGUUCCUCCAAAGUCUGCAGUCUUAAACAUUUUCCAGACUCAGAAAAAUAAUCUAUUACAAUGGAUACAGAUUUGUAUCCAUAUUCGCUUUUGUGGACAAAAAAGGUUUUGAAAAAUUAUUAAAUGUUGACAUGAAAAUGUGCAGGAUCCCCAUUUAUAUAAAAUGUAUUGGAUAAAAACAAAAACCAAAGGCAGUUUACUCCAGUAGAAGGUGAGUUAUCGUUAAAGAAUAACUUCUAAUAUCAGGCGUAGAUGUAAAAGAAAGUAACGCUCAGGUGUGACACGGUGAAAGAUCUUAAUUAUAAAGAUAAAACUGCUCAGCCAAGGAAUCAAAGAAACGUUUAAAUCUCAAAGUAGAAUUUAAUUUCUCUGAGUCUGCGUCCUUCCUUUACGGCAUAGCAAAGGGAAAACGAUGCCGAUCAGGACAGUUUACACAACUUUUCAUUAGUUUUAGUUAUUUAGCUUCCCUCGUUUUUUUACUGGCAGCUCUUCUUCUGCUAGUUUUUUUUAUAGAUCCCUCUGUUCCCGCAAAGCAAUUAUGUAAUGAUUUGACCCUUUCAGAUCAUCCCUGAACGUGGCUCCGGCUGCAGGGAUUUUCUCCGCACUCAUAUUUAAUGGCGGCAAGCGGUUGUUCAGGUAAUUAAAGCUCUCCCUCCGUGUGGCAGAAGUUCAGCGGUGCAGCGUUUUUUCAUGGACUGCUGUGAGUGCAGCUUCAAUUGGAAGCUAAUGUGCUGUGACGGGAGUGUUUUUGAGGCUCUGGAGCUGAUUUCUGCUCACGUGUCGAAGCGUUGGGGGACACCUGGGGGGGAAUCCAGUCUUGCUUCAUUUAGACCGCUGGACCUGCAGCUUCUCAGCUUAUUUCCAUCUGCAGCAAAGUGUCCGAACGACAAAAACACGACUUGUUUCUCUGCACAAAAACAUCUAAAACUUUAUGAAUAUGGGUGAGAAACGAGGUUCUGAAUUAUUUUAAUUUUCUCACAACUCUUUUCUUUUGGUUUAUUUUUCUUGCCUGGAACGGGAAUAAUUUUUGAUUUUUCUUUUUAGAAAUGAAAAUGUUGACAAUCUGUGUGGAGCCAAAAAGAUUUUUUCUUUUUAUUUAAAUCUUGUGUUCUUAAAUGUGUUUUUUUAUUUAUCUGGGUUUUUUUUUUUUUU